AAUCCCGGUUCACGGUCCGAAUUCGUCUUUCCACGUGGCCGGCUUUCGGCACUUGAAACACCGGAACUUCCAAAUUUUUCUCCAACUUGAUUCUGUCGUUUGCCAGCUGCAGAUCACGAUUACGGUGACCAGGGGGGUAGCUCGGUCAUCAGUGCUAGUCUCAUGACAUAAAGUCCGGCACUUCGUCAGUCUCUCGCUUAUAAUGCUCUCACACUUGCUUGUGUUCUACGUUCCCCCGCCAUGCCUUCCUCAUCUCCCAUAUUCUCGACCCCCUUGACAAAGUUGUUCAAAAUCAACCAUCCUGUCAUGCUCGCAGGAAUGAACGUUGCUGCUGGACCUAGGCUCGCUGCUGCAGUUACCAAUGCUGGUGGGAUCGGUGUAAUCGGCGGAGUCCAACAGACCCCCAAGUUUCUUCAAGGGAACAUCGAAGAGCUGAAAGGGUAUUUAGAGGAUAAGAACGCGCCUUUCGGUGUAGACCUGCUGUUACCCCAAGUCGGUGGAAACGCGAGAAAGACGAACAUAGAUUAUACCGGCGGUCAACUUUCCGAACUCCUCGAUGUGAUCAUUAAUGGCGGCGCCAAGCUUUUCGUCUGUGCAGUGGGCGUACCUCCGAAAUGGGCCGUGGACAAGCUGCAUGAUGCUGGCAUUGUUGUUAUGAAUAUGAUUGGGCAUCCGAAGCACGUAGCUAAAGCGCUGGCACAAGGUACGAAAUCACCUGACCGCACGCUUUGCUCGGACUCCAUUUUUGAGGCUUCUUUUUUGUCUUCAGGUGUCGACAUCAUUUGCGCCCAAGGCGGUGAAGGCGGUGGGCAUACUGGGGAUACACCCUUUUCCAUCCUUAUCCCUGCCGUCGUAGACCUGUGCAAGGAUGCUAAAAGUCCAUUAACGGGAGAACCCGUUAUCGUUGUAGCAGCCGGAGGAAUUGCCGACGGAAGGGGCCUGGCUGCUUCGCUAGCGUAUGGCGCUUCCGGGGUAUGGGUAGGCACGCGAUUUGUUGCGAGCGUCGAGGCUGGUGCGCCACCCAUUCACAAGCAGUCGAUUGUGAAAGCUAGCUAUGACGAUAUCUUUCGGACUGUCAUAUACACCGGAAGGCCUAUGAGCGUUUUGAAGACACCGUAUAACUCCGAUUGGGAAACAAGACGUCGCGAUGAGAUAGAAAAGCUGACCUCGCAGGGUCUCGUACCACACAAUGUUGAGCUGGAAAAGCAUCCCGAAAAAUCGCUCCAGGGCCGCCCUUGGCUUAUGGGGAAGGUGGCUGCAUCUAUCAAGGAGAUCAAAUGGGCCAAAGAGAUUGUCGACGAGAUGGUGAUGACCGCGGCGAAGAGUCUACAAUCAGCGAAUGGGCUUACUGCCAAGCUAUGAUGAUGUCAUGGCGUCUUACUUAUUCCCUUGUAUACUAGCUUCGAAUACUGGCGUCGAUAACAGGGAAGCAUUCUUUAUCUUAAUCUGACUUAU